GUAGUACCGAAGUAACCAGGUUGAGUCCUGUGUGGCUAUAAAGGUUAGGAAAUUUUUGUUGUGAUUUACUUAAAUUAAUUAUGACUGAUUUUGGAGAUUCCCUUUCUUCUGGAGGCCUUGAAGGCAAAGGCGACAAAGAAUUACAGGAGUUCUUAAUGCUGGAAAAGCAGAAAGCUCAGUUUAACGCCCAGAUACACGAAUUCAACGACUUUUGUUGGGACAAAUGCGUUGAUAAACCGUCCAAUAAGUUGGAUAGUAGGACAGAAACCUGCCUUACGAAUUGCGUAGACAGAUUUAUUGAUGUUUCGCUUUUGAUAACGAAUCGAUUUGCACAAUUGUUACAGAAGAGUGGAGGCAUGUAGAUGAAUGUUUUAGAACUGAUUUUAGACAUUAGCGAAUACUAUUAUCAUUUACAAUUGUUAUGUGUGCUGGUGUUUGUAGAUUACUUCCAGUGACAUUUUGUAUAAAAUAAAUGUACAUACCCCUAU